AGGUUGCAAAAUAUCCUCCUAUGCUUGAGACCUACAGACUACCUGUCCUACAGGAAUUAAUCAGUGGUUUUUCAUCUUCUGGAGAUAUAUUAGAAGCAUAAAUAUGGUGCCAAAAGAACUGCUUACCUUUCUCUGACUACGGUUCAUUUGGACAUACUCUUCUAUUGAAGAGAGGCAUAUAGACUGAGGAUACUUGUUUUCCAGAGACUUUGUCGUGUAGGAUCAUGGACCAUCCCAGUAGGGAAAAGGAUGAAAGACAACGGACAAGUAAACCCAUGGUACAAAGGAGUACACACUGCUCCCGACCAUCUAGCUCAUCAACAUCCUCUGGGGUUCUUAUGGUGGGACCCAACUUCAGGGUUGGCAAGAAGAUAGGAUGUGGGAACUUCGGAGAGCUCAGAUUAGGUAAGAAUCUCUACACCAAUGAAUAUGUAGCAAUCAAACUGGAACCAAUAAAAUCACGUGCACCACAGCUUCAUUUAGAAUACAGGUUUUAUAAACAGCUUGGCAGUGCAGGUGAAGGUCUCCCACAGGUAUAUUACUUUGGACCAUGUGGGAAAUACAAUGCCAUGGUGCUGGAACUUCUGGGCCCUAGCUUGGAGGACUUAUUUGACCUCUGUGACCGAACUUUUACUUUAAAGACAGUGUUAAUGAUAGCCAUCCAGUUGCUUUCUCGAAUGGAAUAUGUACACUCAAAGAAUCUCAUUUAUCGAGAUGUCAAGCCAGAGAACUUCCUGAUUGGCCGACAAGGCAAUAAGAAAGAACAUGUUAUACACAUUAUAGACUUUGGACUGGCCAAGGAAUACAUUGACCCUGAAACCAAAAAACAUAUACCUUAUAGGGAACACAAAAGUUUAACUGGAACAGCAAGAUAUAUGUCCAUCAACACGCAUCUUGGCAAAGAGCAAAGCCGGCGGGAUGAUUUGGAAGCCCUAGGCCAUAUGUUCAUGUAUUUCCUUCGAGGCAGCCUACCCUGGCAAGGACUCAAGGCUGAUACAUUAAAAGAGAGAUAUCAAAAGAUUGGUGACACCAAAAGAAAUACUCCAAUUGAAGCUCUCUGUGAGAACUUUCCAGAGGAGAUGGCAACCUACCUUCGAUAUGUGAGGCGAUUAGACUUCUUUGAAAAACCUGACUAUGAGUAUUUACGGAACCUCUUCACAGACCUCUUUGAAACGAAAGGCUACACCUUUGACUAUGCCUAUGAUUGGGUUGGGAGGCCGAUUCCUACUCCAGUAGGGUCAGUUCAUGUAGAUUCUGGUGCAUCUGCAAUAACUCGAGAAAGCCACACACACAGGGAUCGGCCGUCACAACAGCAGCCUCUUCGAAAUCAGGUGGUUAGCUCGACCAAUGGAGAGCUGAAUGUCGAUGACCCCACAGGAGCCCACUCCAAUGCACCAAUCACAGCUCACGCUGAGGUGGAGGUAGUGGAGGAAGCUAAGUGCUGCUGUUUCUUUAAGAGGAAAAGGAAGAAGACUGCUCAGCGCCACAAGUGACCAGUGCCUCCCAGGAGUCCUCAGACCCUGGGGACGCUGACUUGAUUGCACCUGCAGCUCCUGCCAUUUCUCAUUGGAAGGGACUCCUCUGUGGGGGAGGGUGGAGAUCCAAACCAAAAAGAAGAAAACAGAUACCCCAGAAGGAGCCAGUGUGGGCAGCCAGGGCCCAGUGGGUCAGUUGGCAUGCCCCUUGCCUGAGGCUCUGAGCAGGUCCCAGAGCUGCUGCUCCACCACUGCUUGCCCUUGGGGUUGCCUGGUUGACUCUCCUUCCCAUUGUUUACAGUGAAGGUGUCAUUCACAAAAACUCAAGGACUACUAGUCUCUUCCCUCCCCUUAAUUUGCUCCUGGUUCUUGCCUACCCUCAACCCUCUCCAGCAUAAAAGCUAGGGAACAAGAGCUUUGUCUGCUGAAGGAGCUCUGGAGGCUGAGGUGUAGGCAAGAAGGUAAGAUGAAGAUGGAAGACCUGGGCUGGAGAAGAACCUUCUCCUGCUACCAGGUACCCGGUAUGUCUGGCAGUGUGGCUUCCUCUCCCUCUGUGCCUGUGCAGCCUUCGUCCCCAGCUGGUCACGGAGUACACGUUCCUUCCUUCCUCCCUCCUUCCUGUGAAGUUACACUGUAGGACACAAGCUGUGAGAAAUCUGCAGUCUACUGUCCCUGUGCAUUGGCAUUCU